AUGAACGGAAACGCAGAAGGAUCCGCCCAAUACAGACGGGUGUUCCUCCCUCCACGCUCCGAGUACCGUUUCGAGCUCGAACCGCACGAGCGUCUUUCGAUCCGACUCGUGCAGAACCGCCUUCAAACUGGCGAGGAGCCCGACGCAGAGAUUUUUGGCGCCGAGCUCGUAGGUGGCUCGCAGGAACGAUGGUACCCAUUCGGAGAUGAAGCGAAAGCUGCCGUGUCGUCAUGGCGAGGAGCUGAGAUCGAGAUCGCCGGUUCCGCAUCCACCGAGUAUCUUGCCGAUGAACCGUCGCCCGUCUACACAGCGUAUUCGAACCUCCAUCUGUAUCUCGAGCGCAAACGCAUUUUGGCACGUCAAGCGCUACGCGCAGAUGCCAAAUUGCUCUCCACGUUGGCUGGGUCGGUGCUGGAUCCGAGCUACAUUGCGCCGCGCAACACGGACCCGAAUACAGAGACCGAAUCGGAUCCCAGUGGCACGGCCGCGUCGACCGUGUAUCGACCCGAGGGGCAGGGUCCACGAGUCAUGGUGCUCGGUCCCGAAUCGGCGGGCAAGUCGAGUUUGGUGAAAUUCCUGGCCAACUACGCGCUGCGCUCGCCCGCUGUCGCUAGCUUGGGCAAAGGUGAGGCGGGCAAAGUGGCCGAGAGUCUACGUUCCGGUAGAGACGGUAUCAUCUAUCCGAACAUGGAAGCCAACUUGUCAGAGGAGGCAAAGAAGGAGAAGCGAGAAGAGGCAAAGAAGAGCGACAUCACUGGCUGGUGGCCCGUCGUUGUCAAUCUCGACCCGAGCGAUGGUGCACCGCCUCUGCCCUGCUGUCUGUCCGCACUGCCGCUCUCACCGCUUCCGCUGGCAUCGUUGCCGUCCCCCUCACCCGCCUUUGCGUUCGGCACAAACACGAGCACCACGGGCGCCAUCCCACCAGGCACCUCGACCGCCCACGGCGUCGCGCCGCUCUCGCUCUGGCUCGGCCGCGAAAACGUGCGCGAAAACGAACGUCACUUCCGCCGGGUGGUCGACUGGCUCGCUGAGGGGGUGGAGCGCCGGCUGGCGCGCGACUUCCGCUCGCGCAUGUCUGGGCUCAUCAUCGACACCCCCGGAGUCGUCACUGCAGAUGCACGCAACAAGUAUGCCUUUAUCCAGCACUGCGUCAAGGCGUUCAAGAUCGAUACGAUCGUUGUGCUGGGCCACGAGAAGCUCAAUCUGGAGAUGACGAAGCUGUUUGGAGCCAGUGGCGAGACGGCGGAGAUUCCUGGCUCGGCGGGUGCGCAGAGGCUGCCGCAGGUCAACGUGAUCAAGCUGCCCAAGAGUGGCGGGGUGGUGGAGCUGGACGAGACGUACCGGGCGCGGUUGAAGGCGUUGCAGGUGAAGACGUACUUCUACGGCGGGUCGAGUGUGGGCAGUGGGAGUACAGCGGAGGGGGGAGUGCCGAACGUGGUGCUGCCGGGACACGCGGAUCCACUGGGUGGAGUGCCGUCGCUCAGCCCGUACAGCACAACGAUCCCGUUCGACCUGCUAGAGAUCUACCGAGUCGGCCAGGAGAGUCUGGCGCCCUCGUCAGCUCUGCCUAUAGGAGCGUCGAGAACAGUGACCGAGACGCAGUUGGUCAAGAUGGACCCGACCAACUCGGCGGCGGACCAGACGAGUCUGCUGCACAGUGUGCUGGCGCUCAUCCAGCCUCCACGCGGUGGAGGCGGUGCGGGUCAGCCGGAUUCAUCCACCAAUCCGACGGACGACGAGAUCAUCGGUGCUCCCAUCUUGGGAUUUGUUCACGUCGCGGACAUCGAUACGGUGCGCAAGAAGAUCACCGUGCUUUCGCCGAGUACGGGCAGGUUGCCGUCCAAGACUGCUAUUCUAGGUACUCUGGACUGGCAAGACGUAUAG